AGUCUGGAAAAUGAGGGGAGGAGCAUGAGCGGCCCUCUGAAAGGUCUGCGUGUGGUGAGCGUCUAGGUGAUAAGCGUAUGGUGUUGACACCGGCGGAGUUUUUUCGCCGGCUGGUUUCUGUCAGCAAAGAAUGUCCGCAGGAUGACCCAACACCUCUUGCGUUUCAUUGCUACAAACACUGGCUGAUUGCAGGUGGGAGGGUGCGCAAGAAAAGACAUGGGAACUACCGAUUUCGAUUGGAUCCGAUCAAGUGAUCAAGUAAUACGGGAAACGCAAGGACUGCACAGAGGCGUGCAACAAGCGUUCUAAAACCACCUGUGCUAUCUCCGCGUCUAGGCCACUAUUUAAAUCAGCGGCACAAUCUCGACCUCACCGAUCUGUUCUCGGAGGCUCCUUCUCCGCAAGCUGGCCUGGAUCUCGAAGAUCAACCUCAUCACCGCUUACGACGGUAUCUCCUGAAUCCUGACCCACCUUGUUUGUUCUCAAAUUGAGUGGGACAGGAUGCGGCAAUCGGGUCAGGACCUUUGAUCCGAGUCUCUUGCACUGCGCAAAAGUGUGCGGAUCAAAAUGCGCGGAUCGAAAUCCAGGACGAUGCAGAUGUGACAGAUGUGACCUCCAUCAUAUCCUCCCACACGAACUUUGGACCUAGCACGCAUGCUACUCAGCAGGAUUGAUGAGCGACGUCGACCUCGCCCGAAGGCCAACGUCGAGUCGUGUGUCUCGCAGUGCACGUUAUGCAUAAGUCGUACCACCAAGCGGCGGAUACAGGCAGUUUGUAACACCGGUGGAGCAUAUGGCAGGAGCAGAAAUAAACUGGGCUCGCAUGUUCUGUUCCUCUGCUGCUCGUUGCGCGGCACUAUCGCUGACUCAGAGGUUGCUGUCUCGAGAAACGCUGCGCGUGGAUUAUCAGAUCCUUUGCCUCUCUGGUGCUUCGAAUUACGACGGUGGUGAUACAGAGCACUCGGGUGGCAUGUGCUGGUCGACGGGAACUCCGGCUCGCUUGAGGCUCUCGCCCGCUGCUCACCGUGUUAUCUGACCUCAUGGCAGAUGCUUCCGUCCUGAAAAGAACACCGCGCCGUUCAUUCAGCCCAGCUUUCCACCGGCAUGAUUGGCUUCACUUGAGUUGUCGCGGGGGAGACGGCUAGUACAUCACCAUGUGGGCGCAGGAAGAAAGUGAAGAUUGUGCAAUCUACCUGUCACGAACCAUCAAGUGCGUCGGCCAUCGUGAUCACGACAAGACACCUUAGAAGCAGCUCCGCACAAGCUAUGCCCCCGCGCUGGUAUCAAAAGCCUGUGUCAGGCGAACGGAGCACCGGUCAGCACUUGCAUCGCACUGUCCACUUCUUCGACUUCGAGACCGUCCGCCUCCCGAUGUUCAACAAAAGCGCCCUCCUCCUCGCCGUCUCGCUGGCCCUCUCGGUCUGCGCCGUCCCAUCCCCGGCGCCCGAGGGAAUCGCCAUCCCCAUCCGAGCCCGCGACGCGCUGACGACCGCCGAUGGUGUGUUCGACCACGACAAGGCCAUCGCGGAGACUGUCAAGACGAUCAACAAGCACCGCCAGAACCUGAUCAACUUGAAGAACAACAAGGGUGAAGGGUCAUUCAACCCGGGUGCUGAGAUCAAGAGCAUCGCGACUGUCCCUGCUGCCGUGCAGGCUCGGAUGGAGAGCCGCAACGAGAAGCGCCAGAGCUUGACACUCACGGAUCAGUCGGAGCAAGAGUGGACUGGCAGUGUAUCAAUCGGCACGCCCGCGACCCGUUUCGUCAUCGACUUUGACACUGGAUCUUCCGACCUCUGGGUGCCCUCGUCCGCUUGUCGCUCCAGCUGCUCUGGCAAAACCAAGUACAGCCCGAGUGGCUCGUCGACGUCUGCUUCCAAGUCUGGUUCGUUCUCCAUCCAGUACGGCGACGGAUCGACUGUCUCCGGGCCCAUCUACACCGACACUGUCUCCGUUGCGGGUGUGUCGGUCACCAAGCAAUACCUGGCCGGUGUGACAACCCUCUCCUCGGAGUUCACCACCGAUCCCGCCGACGGCCUGCUCGGUCUUGCGUUCCCGGCUAUCUCCAACCUCGGCCACAACCCGUAUUUCCAGACAGCCAUCAGCGAAGGUGCUGUCUCUGCCAACCGGUUCGGCUUCUACCUGGCCAGCUCGGGCUCAUCGCUCUACAUCGGUGGAACCGACACCCGCAAGUACACCGGCGCCAUUGAGUACAACGACAUCACCUCGUCGUCCGGAUUCUGGCAGGUCACCGGCGCGUCCGUCAAGGUGGGCAGCAGCACUGUUGUGUCGAAUUUGCAGACCAUUGUGGACUCGGGAACCACCAUCAUGUACGGCCCGCCCGCGCUCGUCAAGCAGAUCUUCGCCCAAGUCCCGGGAGCGAAGUUGUACGAUUCCACCAACGGAUACUACUCGUACCCGUGCUCCACUCCCCCCAAGAUUUCGAUCAACUACGGGGGCAAAGACUGGACGAUCUCCUCUGCGAACUUGAACCUCGGCCGCACGUCGUCCGGCUCAAGCUCGUGUGUGUCUUCGCUGGCUGCUCAGGAUCUCGGAUUGGGAUCGCGUGUGUUCCUUCUCGGUGACUCGUUCAUGAAGAACCAGUACACCGUGUUUGACGUCGAUCGCAAUGCAGUUGGAUUCGCCUCUCUUUAGACUAUCCAACCAACUAGCUAGAAAAUAUAUUCCGCGGACCGGACUUUCAUUCCUGGAAACCAUGGCCUUAAAUUGAUUCCCGCUGGUAAUUGAUAAUACGCAACUCGGUGUCAUCGUUACCUCCGUCCGUCGCAUUGAUGACUUAUUGUGAGGUGGGAACUUAGGGCUUGUGA